CUUCCUGCUAAAAAAUGAGGAAAAUCCAUACCAGCCAUAACAGAAGGAACAUCAAGAUCUGUACAAACGAAAUCCCAACCAGCUUUAUCCAAGUAAGGGAGUACCUUGAUAGUCCAACACUGUAUGUAAGUGGCCUCAACAGCCCGAUCAACAGAUGCAAGUAUAACACAGAUUGUAAGAAUAGGCAAAAUUUCCGCAACCUAACGAGAAAUAAAUAAGCAGAGAACUCAUAAGCCUAUCCUAUCAGAUAAGAAGAAUAUAUCAAAAGGAAUAGAAACUUUCCAGAAUUCAUUGUUAAUAGAAGGACAAAAAAGCGUCCUAACUCCUCAGAAGAAGCUUUCUGGAUGGGCUAUCAAAUACCAGGUGAAUAAAAUUCAGAAGAAAGGUUCUUGUUUUAACAAGAGCUCAAGACUUUUUCAUCAAAACCCAUGCUCGAAUCCUAUCACUCCAACGAAAAGUCCUCAAGGGUUCCUGUAUGGGACAUCCAAAAAGCUGAGAAGAAGACUUAGACUGCAUUCUAAAAUUUCAAAACACCCCAAAGAAUGUCUAUCUAACAAUGAUGUCUCUGUUUUGUCUCAUGAUACAUCUGAAGAAAUGCUGCCAGCUGGCCAAAUACACAAGCGUAAUGGAAGCAAUGCUGUGAUUAAAGUUCCUGCUACCGGUGCUAAGACAUCAUUAGGAAGACCACAUAAAAUAUCUCUAAAGCAGCCAAAAACUAAGACUAAUUCUAGAUCAAAUUUAUUAUCCCGUUCUUCCAAAUUCUUCGUAAGGUCUGACUCAGUUGAACAUCCUGAAAUCAGCAAUUCAAUACCUCCUGUCGACAAUGAACAAAUAGAAGACAUUACUAAAGAAGUUCAAGGGGUAUUCGUGGCUAGCCAAGCAAGCAGAUUAUGCCCAAAAUAAGCAACCCAAGAAAUACCAUAAUAAUACAAAUGUAAAACUUGUAUUCAAAGACAAACUCCUUCAAAAGAAAUUUGGAUCUCUAGAAAGAAAAGUGAACCAGAUCUUGGUUAAGAAUUCGAAAGCGAGGCGUAGAUGCGAUUCGAUAGAGCUCCUUAAUCAAGGACCUGAGCAGAAGGAAGACUUUGUAGAGCAGAAGCUAGAGACAAGUAAAAAUAUAUAGUAACCAAAAUUCAGACAAUCACAACCCAUAAAUCAAAGACAAGGUGAAGGAUAAAAAUGAGCACUUCAAAAAUGUAUAGUGAAGUCAGUUAUUCAAGCAGAAAUGAUGUCCCUCUUGAGUCUUGAUCCAUGAAGAGAAAUUCUGACCUUGAAAUCGUCCAAACCCAAUGACAAGAAAAGGCUGUUGAGUCCAUAACUCCAAUUUUCAAGGGGCCAAAUACCAUCAUUCUUGACCCAGCAGUUCGUGAGAGAGAAGGAAUAUAUAACCAUCCCAAGUUUAGACAAGCCAGCAAACUAAAGUCCUUGCUGAACUCUAAGAUUGAUAUGAUCUCAGAAGAGCAGGAGCAGCACAGGCCUAUAUAUCCAUACCUAAAGUCUAAACUGAGUAAGAACAAGAAGGGCAAAAUCGUGAUUAAAAAGGAGAAGUAUGCAGGUCUAAUAAAGAAUUCGUAUCACCUCUUCAGCCCUCUGAGGAAGCCAUAGU